CAGCUUGAGUUGGCACCAGUGACAGUGCGAGUGAGACUAGGAGAGAAAAGUGGAAUAAGUGUUUUAAAGCACAACGAGAGAAUAAUAUAAUGUCAUGCAUGGACGCUGGUGGCGCACGGAGGUCGCAGGCGGUGUGAUCUCAGGGAGUUUCUCCCGGUCGCCGCUGAUGGAAAGUAGAGCGCGUGGAGAGUGUGUCUGUUCAGUGUGUGUGUCGGCUUGAGCAGGGGAGGGAAAGCCCUUCGUUGCCAAAUUUGGCAACUGGGGAGGAGAAAUGCCAUUUUCAGUUGUUUUGCUGCGGAGCGCAGACAGACCGGGGCGCUGGUGAUGACUGCCCGUUGGGGAUCGCUGUUCAACAGAGGAAAACUGGGCGGCUGAAGAUGAUGAUUUUGCGCGAAUCAUGGCUAACGGUACGGGCACAAUCAUGUUAAAAUGCGUGGUCGUUGGAGACGGUGCUGUAGGCAAAACUUGCCUGUUAAUGAGCUAUGCCAACGACGCCUUUCCUGAGGAGUACGUUCCUACCGUUUUUGACCAUUACGCAGUGAGUGUGACUGUCGGAGGGAAACAGUAUUUAUUGGGACUGUACGACACAGCUGGUCAGGAAGACUAUGACCGCCUGAGGCCUUUGUCCUACCCCAUGACCGACGUCUUCCUCAUCUGCUUCUCUGUGGUGAACCCGGCCAGCUUCCAGAAUGUGCGAGAAGACUGGGUUCCGGAGCUGCAGGAGUACGCUCCCAGUGUACCGUUCCUGCUCAUUGGAACCCAGAUUGACUUACGAGACGACCCCAAGACCAUCGCCAAGCUAAACGACAUGAAGGAGAAGCCCAUCGCCACAGAGCAGGGGCAGAAGCUGGCCAAGGAGAUUGGUGCCUGCUGCUACGUGGAGUGCUCGGCGUUGACGCAGAAAGGGCUGAAGGCGGUCUUCGACGAGGCCAUCAUCGCCAUCCUUGCGCCAAAGAAGGGUGUCCUCAAAAGGCGUCUGGGCUCCCGCUGCAUUAGCUGCUGCUUGAUAACGCUGUGAUACCAGAUCUGCACAAAGAAGGUCUGUCACACUGGUGUACACACACACACCCAGGCAGGAACACAGCGAGCAUUGUGUCAGACAGCACUAUAAAACACCCAUGUACCAUCACUGUCAGGACCACUGCCCUAUGUGGGAGACUCCACCUGCUGUGCUGUUCAACACUGUGAAUCAUCUUCUGGAGCCUAACCACCUCUUCACGUGAGCUGACUUUGCCAGUCAUUUAGCAAGAAGGGCCUUGACCAAUCAAAUGAAAUCUUAUGCAGACCCCUGCUAAGCAAGGAAGGAAUGGAGCAGUGUUUAAUUACACAGCCUCUCGAGCUAGUGCCCCCACCUAUUUUUACUCAGCAUACUCCUUAUUCCACUAUUCCAUGCUCAUAUCCCACAGCUACCUUCAGACUCCUCCCAGUCACACUGUCUGUGAGUUGCCUUGGUACUAAAUGUGAGUCAGAUCUGCUUUUUUAAGACUUUGCGGCGCUUCAGGCUUCAAUCUAAGCAGCUGAAGCAGAGGCCUCCAGGGAGGAAGAACGAGGCCCCCAUGCCUCCACCCACCUCUGUCCCACCUCCACUCCUCCUCUCUUGCAUCUUUCUUUCUUUCCAGACAUUAUUCUUUUAUCAAUGUGCAACUGGCUGGUUAUCAAUAAAGCAUCAAAUUGCUUUUA